AUGCAGUACUACCAAAUUAUUGAAACCAAUUUACAAUAUUCAAUUCAAUAUUUAUAGAAUAAAUUUGCAAAGCGAUUAAUUAAUUAUAAAGUAUAGAUUGUUCUUAUCAAUUCAGAACAUUAUGGUUUUGGUUGUGAUGGAAAAGUGAAAAAAGUUGAUAAUGAACAUUAUGAUAAAGCAAUUGAAUUGAAAGAUGAAGAUGACCAAGAAAUUGGUAGUGGUGAAGAAGAUGAAGAUUAAUGUAAUGUGUUUACCUACUAUUCUUUUAGAUUAAGCUGAAGCUAGAGGAGCCCAAUUAUCGGGUUUUAAGAAGGAAAGGUUCCUUUGCCUGUUGGUGCUUACAAUCCAAAUGAUUAUUCAAAUUUAUAAGUAUGAGCAGAAGUCUAAUAAUUUUUUGAGUAUAUUUUUAAGUAUUUCUAUUUUUAAUUUAAGAUACAAUAAAUGUCUUCAUAAAAAGAGAAUUCUAAAUUUCAAAUAUACAAAGCUCCUUAAAUGGUUUUGGAUGCUAAAUUAAAUCCAUUUAUACCAGAUUAUGUACCUGCUAAAGGUGAAGUUGAUACAUUCAUAAAAAUGCCAAGACCUGAUGGCUAACCUUAGACACUUGGUAUAGUUACAUUAGUAAUCUAUAUAUCUAAAUAAAUCCAAAAAGGCUAAAUUAGAUUUAUUGAUGAGAGAAUAUGUAAAGGUAGCAAAUAGGGGCAUAAAUACUACUAUUCAUGCUAUAUAAAAUGCCGAUAAAAAUCCAAAGGAAAUUACAACAUAGAUUAGUGAUGUGGCAGAAAUACAUAAAAAAAGGAACCUCCAUCUGUUUGAUAUUCUAAAAUUAUGCCUAAUAUUGAAGAAUUAAUCUAAGUCUGGCCUUUAGAAAUCGAAGACUUAUUCUAAAGCACUUAAUUAUCAUGUGACAAUAUUGACAUGGGUUUUUAAGAAUAUUGUUAAUUCUCAAAUUUGUUAGAUAUUUCUGUUUAAUCAAUUAAUAAUAAUAGAAAAAUCAUAGAGUCUUUGCAUGUUGUAUUCACAUUUUUUCGGAAUUCAAAACAAAUUAAAAAUUUAGACAAAACAAUGA